AUGGAUGCCGACAUAGAAUAUUCAAAUAAUGAGUAUGAUGAGGUAGGAAUUGAUAAGGAGAUUGGAGGUGAUGAAACUAUUGAAGAAUCUACGGUUGGAAUGCAAUUUUCAUCUGUAGAAGAAGUGCAAGCUUACUAUAUAAAGUAUGGUAAGAAGAAGGGAUUUGGGAUAUCCAAAAAGAAUAUUGGACAGGAUGACGAUGGGACGAUAAAAUGGUUUUGCUUGGCAUGCGCGCGAGGAGGCACAUCAAAGAGUGGGGCUGCCAAUUUUAUGAAACCAAAACAAACAGGUAAAAUGGGGUGUAAGGUUAUGAUUAAUGCGGUAUUCAAUGAUGAAGGUGAAUAUAUUGUAUCUAAAGUGAUAUUGGAUUACACACACGCUUGUAGUCCUGGAAAAGCAAGACAUUUCAGAUGCUUUAAGAAAGUUGAAGCUCGUGUCGCUAAGAGACUUGAAAUAAAUGACAAGGUAGAAAUAAGGUUGUCCAAAAAUUUCAAGUAUGUGGUUGUUGAGACGGGGGGUUAUGAGAAUGUAACAUUCGGGGAGGAGGAGUGUCAAAACUAUAUUGACAAAGCACAACUUUGCCUCGGGGUUGGAGGUGGUGUAGCUCUAUGUAAUUAUUUCGAAGAUACGUAA